AUGUCAGCUCCAACAUUACAGACAACUGCAUUAAUGACUGAACAUUUGGGGUACCCUCCAGUGUCUCUUUUAGAUGAUAUUAUCAAUUGCGUAAACGAUAUAAUGUAUAAAUGUAUCUCUGCAAUGGAAAAAUAUUUAUUAAAAAAAUCUGUUGUUAAUGGACAUGAUUAUAGUGAAGAAAUCAGAAUUGGUGUAGCUCAGUUAGAGACUUUACUAGAAAAUUCAGUUGACAGGAAUUUUGAUAGGUUGGAAUUAUAUAUGCUAAGAAACAUUUUGCAUGUACCUGAGGAAUUAAUCUCAAAUAAUGUAUUUAGAUUAAACCAUCAAAGAAAUCUAAUUCUUGCCAAUGAGUCUCUAAGAAACACGAGUCAAUAUGUACUACAAGAUAAAGUCAAACAGAUAGAAUAUGAAUUAUUUAAAAAUGAACAGUUAACUGAUUAUCUAACCAAAUUAAAAAACUUAAAAAUAAAAGUAGGACGAUAUAAACAAUUUGUUCAAAGAAUUAGCACUUUUGAUUCGCCCGAUUUGAAAUCUAUAUACGAAUCUCUAAAACCAAUCGAUAAUUCUAUCACUCUAUUAAGUAAACAGUUGAAACAACUUUAUGAAUCUUCAGAGGAGAUCUGCUCAAUUGAAAGAGUCAAUUUAAUUAGAAGGGAACAAAUCAAAAGAACAAUUAAAAGUAAAAAAUAUGAAAAUGUACACUAUAAUCCUUUAAAUAAUCACAUCACUAGCAUCACUAAUAGUAAUAAUAAUACAAUGAUAGAGAUAAAGGAUCCUGAUGUCAGUACCUUUGAAAAUAUUCCAUAG